CAGUGGUGUAACUACAGAGGAAGCAAAACCCUGUGGUUGCAGGGGGCCCAGGAGGUUUAAGGGCCCCCAUGAGGUCCAAAUAAUGAGUCAUUUCACUAUCCACUGGUAGAACAGGACAACCUCUGGAAAUGUUUAGGGCCCUAAAAUAAAUUUGCUGUGGGGCCCAGUAACAUAUAGUUAUACCACUGCCUGGGGACACAGCUGAAAAUAUGGCAACUCCCCAAAAAUAGGGGGACUGACAGCUGGGCAUAAUGUUCAGUAAACUAGCAUAAAACAUGACGAAAAAGGUGAUAAUUUCACUUGGACCUAGUUUGCACAAACUUUCCUCGGGGUCAAUUUGGGAGAAAAGGCUGUGAUGGCAGCAGAUACUGUAAUCAGCAAAUUUGUUUUCUUUUAUUGCGCUCUAACAAAAGGAAGAGUAGUCGCGAACAGCGCAGAAACAGACAGAAGCCCAGAAUUACGCCGACAUUUCACUCCCACUAGGCGGAUAUGUAAAGUUGUGCACGUCUGUGCGCUUCCGUAUUGUGGUGACGCCAGUCUCGUGUGAUGAGACUUGUGCAUUGGGAUUGGUGGCACCCUAGCACUUCACAAGUCUGCUGCUCACUGACAGCGGUGGGCCCGAUAAUCCAAGUAAGUGCAGUACAGCCGGGCCCACCUGAAGACCCAAAACCCAGCGAGCCCGGGACGACUGCCCCCGCCCCGGAUGUCCGCCCUGAUACAGUCAUCCUGUUGUUCAGGUGAUGGGGGCAUGUCAAUGACGUGUUUUUGUUUUUCCUGUAGGAAGUUUUUGUGUUUUCAUUGGGAAGUACCGACCAUAUAGGCUCAUCUAAACUAAUACAUCGAUAAAAAAAUGAAAAUUUACAGUUCAAGUGAAGUUGGUCUUUCUUACUGAAUAACAAAAAAGGUUGUAGCUAGCAAAAAAGGCAAAGUAAAGGUGGCCAUACACGCUACAACAUUCCCUACGACCAUGAAAAGAAAGAUCUUUCGUCCACUUUACUAACAUGAAGAGCUGAAUCCUCAGAGAUGCAGGUAAAAACAAAAAGAAUCCCCCAGAUUGUUAAGACGACCAAUAUCCAAGGCUUUUUACCGUUAUAGGACCCCUUGUCUCCCACCACACCUGCACAGAUUGUCAUACGAAAGAUCUUUCAUAAGAUAAAUAUUGGUCUUUAUUUUGUUUAGCCCUACAGUUGUUCGCCUAUAAUGCCUGUAAAUGUUUCAUAAAGGAACACUGUAACAUCAGGAAACCAGUUUAUUGAUAAGAGAGGAGAAUUUGCAGCUCGUCAUGCCUACAGUGUCAGCACUUCCCAAAGAACUGUAUCUCUCUAGCUCUCUAUCAGAUCUUAAAAAGAAAGCUGAAGUCAAACCUGACAAGACUAGCACAAAAAGCUAUGUUUCCUCUGCUUGUAAAAUAUUUCAAAAAGCAGAAGAGUGCAGACUGGAAGGAGAUGAAGAAAAAGCCUACGUCUUGUAUAUGAAAUAUUUAUUUGUAUUUGAACUGCUUAAAAAAAGAUCAGAUUUCAAGCAAAACCAGGACUAUUAUAAGUCCUUACUUGGUCCUUCCACUAUCUUAAAGUCUGUUGAAGAAGCUGAAAAACUCUCAGAAAGCCUUAAAAAUAGAUAUGAAGAAGCUGAAGUACGAAAAAAAUUAGAGGAAAGGGAAAGGCAAGAAGACCUGAAGAAAAAGCAGGGAAAACUAUUUCCCAAAGACUUUCCUGAAGAUGUACCCAGUCAGCUUAAUACAAAUGCGACGGUGAAUGGGGGGGGAAAUGAAGUUUUGUCAAAGGAGCCAGAACCUGCAAAAGUGCCUCUUGGAGCUAUUACAGCUGAAAAACUUUUUGAGAUGACAAAUGAUUAUAAUAUCAGUAUAAUUAUAAUGGAUGUUCGGAAUACAAAGGAUUUUGAGGAGUCUCAUAUUCGGACUUCCAUAAGUGUGCCACAGGAGGCCAUAACCCCAGGAUUCACCUCAAGCAAGAUUGAACUGAAUCUCCCUGAUGAAUCUAUAGAAAUGUGGAAUAAAAGAGGUCACGUCGAUUACAUUAUAUUGCUUGAUUGGUUCAGCUCUGUGAAUGACUUAAAAAUUGGCACAACGCUUCAGAGCUUAAAAGAUGCUCUUUGUAAGUGGGAAACAAAAAUAAUCCUACGGAGUGAACCUUUGGUUUUGGACGGUGGUUAUGAAAAUUGGCUUCUUUGUUAUCCCAUGUUCACAACAAAUGGGAAAGUGACUGUGCCUAGAAAAAGAAAACAUGAGUCUGUAUCUUUGUCAUUGGACUUCAAUUAUCCAUCUCUAGAAGAACCAACAGCUCCACCAUCUGUUGCCAAAGAAGAGCUACCCUCUGUACCCAUCAAAGUAAGCAGCAAUGAGGAUGUUAUAAAUGCAGUUAAAACACAAAAAACAGAGGAACCUGUCCAUGUAAUACAAAAAGAUGACCCUGUACCUGAAGUUCAUACAGAUUCUGUGAACGUCUGUCACCCACAGAUUACUGCAAAAGUUAUUCCACAAAUUGAUCGGACAAAGAAACCCUCAGUAACAGUUACUGAAAGCACCACAAAAUUUAAACCUGAAGCCAAAGAAAAACAGGCAAUGCUAAAUGGAAAGCCUAUCCCAGACCGUUCCACGAAACCAUCACUAGACUCCAAAUCUGUUAAAGCUGAGAUCCAUGUUCAGUUUGAUAAAAACAUAAAGGAAAAGAGUGUGGAAAGCAAAGGGAAAGUAAUAGUGAAUGCAGAAGACAAGGCGGAUAACACCUGUGCACAUGAAGAUAAAGAGAACACAAAGAGGAAUGAUGAGAAAGAAUAUGAAAUGAGAGAAUUACACAAAAAGGAGGAGAUUGAAAAGAAACAUCCAUUUGCUGCUGGAAAAGAACCCUCUGAACCAAAAAGGCUGGAUAGUGAUAAACCAUCCCCUGAUGAUAGAAAGAAAAAUGUCAAUUCUUCUGUUCCUCCUGAAGGGCCUCCGGCAAACAGAGAAGAAGAUAAAUCUGAUGUGACUGUGAAAGACAGCUGUGAAGAAGACAGACCGAAACGGGAGCCUUUAGUUCGAGCAAGAAGUGAGGAGAUGGGUAGAAGUGUUCCAGGAAUGCCAGAAGGUUGGGUGAAGUUCCUUGAACCCAUAACUGGAACCUACCGAUAUUAUCAUUCACCAACACACACGGUUCAUAUGUAUCCUCCUGAAAUGGCUUCUUCCUCCACCCAUUCAACCACUCCAGCUCAAAAAGCCAAGAUACAGGCUCACACGGACACUGACAGGGAGCAGACCAAAUUAAAACGAUCUUACUCAUCACCUGAUUUAGCGCAAGCCAUAAAGGACGAAGACAAGAAAAAACCAACGCCUCAUAUUAACCGAGAAAACAAACCAUCGAUAGUCAAUACCAAAGCUGAAAUCACAAAGCUACCAGCAUCUAAGAUCCGAAGUCUUAAUCCUGUGUUUGGUGGUGCUGGUCCAGCUCUAACUGGACUCAGGAACCUUGGAAAUACUUGUUAUAUGAAUUCUAUCUUACAGUGUCUUUGCAACACUCCACAUUUAGCAGAGUACUUCAACAAAAAUUGUUACCAAGCAGACAUCAACAGAUCAAAUCUGUUGGGGCAUAAGGGUGAAGUGGCUGAGGAGUUUGGCUGCAUUAUGAAAGCUUUAUGGACCGGUCAGUACAAAUGUAUCAGUCCAAAGGACUUUAAGAUAACAAUUGGAAAAAUUAAUGAGCAGUUUGCUGGAUACAGCCAUCAAGAUUCCCAGGAAUUGCUGCUGUUUUUAAUGGAUGGGUUGCAUGAAGAUCUCAAUAAGAGAGCGGACAAUCGGAAAAGGCAAAAAGAAGAGAACAAUGACCAUUUAAGUGACUCCCAAGCUGCAGAUUCUGCAUGGUACAAACACAAGCAACUCAAUGAAUCAAUCAUUGUUUCACUUUUCCAAGGCCAGUUUAAAUCAACUGUGCAGUGUCUAACAUGCCAGAAAAAAUCCAGAACAUUUGAGGCAUUCAUGUAUUUAUCUCUACCACUUCCAUCAACAAGCAAAUGUUCUCUUAAGGAUUGCAUUAAAGCAUUUGCCAAGGAAGAGAAACUCACAGAUAGUAAUAGAUUUGAUUGCAGUAACUGUAAAACUCAGAGGGUUGCUACGAAAAAAAUAGAAAUUUGGAAGCUUCCGCCAAUUCUUCUAGUGCACUUAAAACGCUUUUCAUUUGAAGGAAGGUGGAGGCAGAAACUCCAAGCUUAUGUUGAUUUUCCCUUGGAAAGCUUAGACCUUUCACCAUACGUCAUUGGCCCAAAGAGUUCAAAAAAAUACAAUUUAUUUGGAGUAUCGAAUCACUACGGAGGUUUGGAUGGUGGACACUAUACAGCUUAUUGCAAGAAUGCACUGAAACAGCGAUGGUUUAAAUUUGAUGACCAUGACGUUUCCGACAUAUCUGUAUCAUCUGUGAAGACUUCAGCAGCUUAUAUGCUCUUUUACACCUCCUUGGAUCUCCGGGGCCUUGAGAUUUCAGCUUAACAACACAUCUGUCUUGGAAAGCCAGCACUUGGGGGGGAUCGCUACAUGAUUAAUAUAUUUAGACGUCUGGCAAAAAAAGAUGCGUUCUAGCCAACAAAUCAAUAGUAACAAUUACAAAUUGCACACAUUUGAAAUAUAACCGUGUAUACUUAAAUCUAUCCAGCAAAUAGAUACAUUUGCCUUGACCAUGUCUGUAUUAAAUAUAUUUAGCUUUUCCUCUCCUCCAGUAGUGAUCAUUUCUCCCCCAUUUUAAUCUGAGCUUCCCUACUGUGAAAUAGAGCAAAUGUGAGUGGAGUUGGCAUGUAUUAGAUUACAGUGACUGCACAUUACACAGUAUUGCAGUGUAUAUAACAAAACCGUGUGUCUGCCUUUAUACAAAAGGAUGCCUCCUACCUUCUGAGCUCAGUCUUCAAAUAUCCAUCCGAUAUAUCAAACCAGACAGCCCCUUUAUAGAUGGGGCGUCACUCUAGGAAGCUUAAAAUAUCUCGCUGUAGGCACAUCCAUUUGGAGAACCGAAGUUUGCUAUGCCUUUUAAAUUCUGUUUAUCUGAAAUUGACUUGGCAAAUAUAAAUAGAGAGGCUUUAUUCCCAUAUUUCAGUUCUUUAUUUUGUAAAUUUAUCUUUUGCUAAUUUGUGCACUUUUUUUCUCUAGAAAUAAAUUUUAUCAAACAA